GGGAGAGACUGACCCUAAGUAAAUGCAGCAACAGAGUGAGGUGGCUGCUAAGGGAGAAAUGUAGACUAGAAACCUUAGGGCUACAAGGAGAUGUGUAGAGAAAGAGGGCAGUCAGGAUAUUUUUGAGGGAAAGGUGGGCGAAGAAGAGUGUUAGAGGCAGAGGGCUCAGUGUGAACAAAGACGUGUGUGUCUGGUAGGCACCAGGGUUUAGGAAACUGCAAGUAAUUCAGUGUGACUGGACUGCGGGGGACUGUGCCGGAGGGGAUUAAGCCCUGCUAAGAAGGUUGGAAUUUGUCCUAAAGGCCUCAGACAGCACCCGAGGGAGGCUUCCUAACUGAGCUCUGAUGCUGAUGGCGUAGAUAGUAGGAGCCAAAGCUGUUUUUCCCCCAUUGGAAGUCUGUCUCCCUCCCCUGACUUGCCCCCAUCUCCUGCAUCGAGUCCUAUCGCAGGCUGUCGUCCACACCGGUGUGGAGGAGGUACUUGCCAUGGAAGCCCAGGAGAGCAUGGCGUCCACCUAUCAGUUCAUGUCCGAGGCCAACCAGCCCAGGGAGGAAGAUGAGAGCGUGGCACCUCAAGGGACCACAGAAACUAUGCAGCUGAAGAAGGAGAUCUCUCUGCUGAAUGGGGUCAGCCUGGUGGUGGGCAACAUGAUCGGCUCAGGAAUUUUUGUCUCACCCAAGGGCGUUCUGGUACACACGGCUUCCUACGGGUUGUCGCUGGUCAUAUGGGCCAUCGGCGGACUUUUCUCUGUGGUGGGUGCCCUGUGCUAUGCAGAACUGGGGACCACCAUCACCAAAUCUGGGGCCAGCUAUGCUUACAUUCUAGAGGCCUUUGGGGGCUUCAUUGCCUUCAUCCGCCUGUGGGCCUCCCUGCUAAUCGUUGAGCCCACCAGUCAGGCCAUCAUUGCUAUCACCUUUGCCAACUACAUCAUCCAGCCCUCCUUUCCUACCUGUGAUCCCCCUUACCUGGCCUGCCGUCUCCUCGCUGCUGCUUGCAUAUGUCUGCUGACAUUUGUGAACUGUGCCUAUGUCAAGUGGGGCACGCGUGUGCAGGAUACUUUCACGUACGCGAAGGUCCUAGCGCUCAUUGCCAUCAUUGUUAUGGGCCUCGUUAAACUGUGCCAGGGACACUCUGAGCACUUUCAGGACGCCUUUGAGGGUUCCUCCUGGAACAUGGGAAACCUCUCUCUCUCCCUCUACUCUGCCCUCUUCUCUUACUCAGGUUGGGACACCCUUAAUUUUGUAACAGAAGAAAUCAAAAACCCAGAAAGGAACCUGCCCCUGGCCAUCGGGAUUUCGAUGCCAAUUGUGACGCUCAUCUACCUCCUGACCAACGUGGCCUAUUACACAGUGCUGGGCAUUUCGGACGUCCUCAACAGUGACGCCGUGGCUGUGACAUUUGCUGACCAGACAUUUGGCAUGUUCAGCUGGACCAUCCCCAUCGCUGUGGCCCUGUCCUGCUUUGGGGGCCUCAAUGCGUCGAUCCUUGCUUCAUCAAGGUUGUUCUUCGUGGGCUCCCGUGAGGGCCACCUCCCAGACCUUCUGUCCAUGAUCCACAUUGAGCGUUUUACACCCAUCCCUGCCUUACUGUUCAACUGCACAAUGUCACUCAUCUACCUCAUCGUGGAGGAUGUUUUCCUGCUCAUCAACUACUUCAGCUUCAGCUACUGGUUUUUUGUGGGCCUGUCUGUGGCUGGACAGCUCUACCUUCGCUGGAAGGAGCCCGAGCGGCCCCGGCCUCUCAAGCUGAGCCUGUUUUUUCCCAUCGUGUUCUGCAUAUGCUCCUUGUUUCUGGUGAUUGUGCCCCUCUUUGGAGACACCAUCAAUUCCCUCAUUGGCAUUGGGAUCUCCCUCUCCGGAAUCCCCGUCUACUUCCUGGGUGUUUACCUGCCAGAAUCCCGGAGGCCGCUCUUUGUCCGGAAUAUCCUGGCUGCUAUCACCAGAGUCACCCAGAAGAUUUGCUUUUGCGUCCUGACUGAGCUAGAUGUAGCCGAAGAGACGAAGGUUGAGAGGAAAACUGACUAGAGGCCGGAGGUGAAGUCCCCUGAGGCCUGGAAGGUUUUACCGGUGGCCACAGUCACCAAAGGCCGGAUGGCGAGACUGUGCGGACCCAGCCCUCUGGUACUAAAGGAGCCUGUGGGCACACGUUAUGUAUGUCAGGGGGUUGAGGGCUGAUGGCUUCCUCAGGUGCUCACUCUCAUUGGUAAGCUAUGGGAGACCGAGUCUGGGGCCAGCAUGAAGGUGGGGGCGGGGAGGGCUUGGGGAUGGUUGUUGAGUUUUGUUCCUGCUGGGUGGUGUGUGUAGCCCUUACAGACACUUGGUGAGUUGCACUAGGGGAAGAGGGAGUGCUAGCUAGGUUAGCUGUGGCCGGUGGUUUCUAAACUUGGUACUCGAGGUUGGAGCCAGGAGUCUCUACAAAGGGGCUGCUUUUAUGACAAGUUUUCCUCUGACCAGGUCCAGGCACCUGACUUCAGAGGCCUGAAAUGCUACCAUUUCUUCCUCGGGUUCAAAAUCCUUCCCUGGGGGGAAAUGGUUGUAUUCCAUUAUUUAUUUAUAUUAUUUAAUCCAGAACACCAAUUCUAGGUGAAUCCUGGUAUUCAUCUGCAGGAUGCAGUAGGUAUAAAUGCAGAGUACCCAAAGAUGAGUCCCUCUGUCCGCAGAGGUGUCUCUACGUGGCGGUGGGUCAGACUCUGACCGCAGAUUUUUUUUUUUUUGCUUCGUUUUAGCACAAUCUUCUGUUGAGUCUUACCUGCACAGGUGAACUUUAAAGAUUUUUUUACUCAUGUACCAAUUACACUUUAGCAUACGUUACAAGCACCUGGGGUUGUAGCUGACACAUGAACACAUUCAUGCGUCAGAAGUCUGGCACGACCGUUGUUUUGAAGGAGAAUCCUUUAUUUCACUUGAGAGCUUGUCUGUGUUCUAGAUGCUAAAGUCCACCGCUGGGUUUCUGGUACGAACUUUCAGAGGACAGAAACUUCUCGUUCCGGUACAUCACCUGAAUUCUCUCGGCUGUCCACGUCUCCUGGACUUGAGCCACCAAAUAGCUUGUUCCACUCGCGAAGGGUCGGUGUGAGGGGCUGCUGUGCAGACCCACGCAAGCCCUCCCAGGUGCUAGACGUGGUCGUUUUCUUUUUCUGGAAACCUCACACCAGGCCGCAUCCGCUUGUCCCCGACACCAGGCUUUGUUUACACUGAGCCGCCUUGGUGUGGAUC